AUGCUUUUUCCCAAGCCUUCUGCUCCAGAACAGCAGCCACAGCCUCGCCCCUAUCAAGGUGUCCGUGUCAAAGAGCCAGUGAAGGAGCUAUUGAAAAGGAAAAGGGGAAACGUUCAUAAUGCCAGUGCAACGGCAGCUACAACGGUUGUUUUGCCCCAUCAGCCGCUUCCUUCCUACUCACCAAUGGGCCAGCCUUGCAUUGAUAUGGAUGUUGCUGCCUCUGCUUUGCCUGUCACAGACGAAGGAGCACUCGGUUCCAGCUGGAUCUCCCAGCCCUCUCCCACGUCCCUACAGCCUUUAACUCAGUGGACCACUUACCCUGAUUAUGUGUCACAUGAAGCAGUCAGCUGUCCAUACACAGCAGAUAUGUAUGUUCAGCCUAUGUGUCCCAGUUAUACACUGGUUGGACCUUCAUCUGUUUUGACUUAUACUUCUCAACCGCUGAUCACCAAUUUUGCACCCCGAAGCACCACGCCUGCUGUAGUGCCUCAGCUCGAGGUGACAGACCAGCAGUCGCCUCUCACAUACUUCCCAUGGGCACAGCCCCUCUCUGCACUGCCAGCCUCCACUUUGCAGUACCAGCCAGCUUCUUCCACGCUUUCGGGGCCGCAGUUUGUACCCUUGCCAAUCUCCAUUCCUGAACCAGCCCCCCAGGAGCUGGAGGAUGCCAGACGAGUCAUUGGCACACUGCCCAUUGAGAAGCUGCUUCUAGAAGAUGAAGACAAUGAUACGUAUGUUUUAAACCAUGCUCUCUCUGUUGAAGGGCUUUAA